AUGGCCUCGACGGACGGCGGGAAGAGCCUCGAUGCAGAUGAUCCCCUCGAAUCCCCCACCGCAGAUUCGGUUCAGCCUUCGAUGACCAUUCACCCAGUCUCAUAUUCUGGGAUGCCCAUGCAUAUGUAUCCCUUUCCCCACGGCGUGAUACAAACUCAAGCUCAUCGGUCCAAGCGCAGGCAGGUCAAGAACGCCUGCACAAACUGCCAGAAAGCGUGCAAGAAAUGCGACGACGCCCGUCCAUGCCUUCGCUGCGUCAAGUACGGUAUAGCCGAAGAGUGUGUUGAUUCGCAGAGGAAGGAAAGGAAGAAAGGGAUCAAGAGAGGUCCCUACAAGAAGCGCGAUGGAAAAGGCAACAGCGUCGACCACCAAGUGGACGACCCGGUGCAGCCACAGCAGCAGCACCAACAGAUGCCUAUCUCAAACGGCGUACCGCCGCCGGGCCCUCCGCCCAAUGGUUCGCCUCCUAUAGGGUAUCCCAUGACCCCUGUGGGGUACCCUCCCGCGAACUACUAUCAGUUCGCGGGUCCUCCCAUGUCCAAGCCCGGGGAGGGGCAGCCUGCGUACUAUCCGCCUUUCCUCGUACCGGCGGUCCCGCAUCCUCAGCAACAACACGGUCAUCCUGGUGCCGAAGGGGACAAUCAAGGCUACCCGAUGGCCCCUCAAUUCUACCCAGCCUUUGUUCCCUUCCCUCAGGCGUAUGGCCAAUACAUGGUGCCUGCACGUGCUGACGGCCAAAUGCCCAUGCCAAAUACUCACUACCCAUAUCCUCCCCCGCCUCAUAUGUAUCCUCAGAAGGCUAUGGGAGCUGGAAGCUCGGGUGAGAUGUCUCAUGGGGCACAUAUGGGACACGCUGGGCAGAGCAAUCGCGGACACCACCAAGUUCGUCAUCAUGGAGAAGAAGGCGUCGCGGGCAAGGAUUAG